CACAACACCGACUUCGAGAGACGUCAACGAAAAAAAACGAAGAAGCUGGAAAAGAACCAACUGAACAAACAGAAAAAUAAUAAAAAUCUAUUUACACUUAAAUUUCCCGUUGUAGUGGACACGAAUCAUUUAACAAACAAAUCAAUCUUCCAAGAACCCGACUAAAAAAAACAAUCCAAAUAAGCCGCUUUUCAGGAUUUUAAGACAACAAACAGUCACAAAGAAGGCCUAAAGGGAAAAAACAAUAAAAAUUAAUAAAAGGCGAUAAGACUAAUUUGGAAAAAUGUCCGGCGACGAAGAGGCCAACGUAAUCGAUGAGAAAAAAGAAGAAAAAGUCGCAGAAAUUGCUGCGUCAAGUAUUCGUUCGGGAUUGGCAGAGUUAGAAUUGAAGACGUCACAAGUUCUGCAACGGCUUGAAAAUGUCCGCACAGAACCCCCCGCCUCCAAUGAAUCAUCGGAAACGAGUCAGGUUACAACCCUUCUCGAGGGUGACCGCAAGCCUCCGUCGGAGAUUCUUCGAUCUCUCGAGGUCCUCAUCGCAUAUUCGGAGUCAGAAGACGAUCCCGAAUUCCCACUUCCAGCAUUGGACGACGUUUCACAUUUAGCUUUGAUUUCUCACAGUAUUAUUGCCUACAUGAGCCACUUGGAUCGACAGCAUCUGCUGCGCGUCACUGGACACAUUGCCGGUGACACUACUCGAUGGUUGUGUAGUCUGUUUCGUUUUAUCGAUGGUUCGACAAGCUUUCACACCGACAACGCAGAUGCGACUCUCAGAACAGUUCGUUUGGCCAUCGUAGCCAGGUGUCCGGGUUAUCUGGAAGGCGGAAUCCCAGCCCUGGCCAAUCCGUGCUUCUAUAUCUCUGAAAAUACGACGCCUAUGCGGCUUCAAUACGCAUGUAGACAGUUGGGCAUUCCUCUGGAGGCGAUUCGAUUGAUUCCAUCGAACUCAAUUCAGGGCACAAUGGAUCUAAAUCUUUUGCAGAAGCAAGUCCAGGCUGACUUGAAUGCCAACCGAACUCCGUUGUUGGUUAUCGCCGAUGUGGGGUCUUCGGUGUGUGGCUACGUAGAUAACCUAACACGAAUGAAAGAAAUCUGCAAGGCCAACAACAUUUGGUUGCAUGCAACUGGCCAUGGACUGGCCUCCUUGGUAUGCACUCAAGGACCUGGUUCAAUAAGUUCAGUAGUGGAUUCGAUAGUUUUAAAUCUGGGAUUCUGGCUGGGAGUGCCAAGUCUCCCCAUCGCACUGCUACAUCGACAAAUGCAGAACAGUGCCCUCACAGCCUUCGAAUCAGACCCGAUUGUCUCAAAGAGACUCAAUUCUUUGGCCCUGUGGACGAGUCUACAGGCACUUGGGCGAGAAACAAUCGCCGAAAAAAUUCAUGUCGCAUUCCAGACUUGCAGUAUUCUACAUGAGAUCUCAUCAAAGUGUGAAGGUAUUCGAGUUGUGAGCCGUGCUCCAGGUGGUCAAGCAGCAACUAAUCUUAUUGACAUUGUCAACAAACCAUUAGAUGUAAACACUUUGUUUGAAACCGCUACAUCUGUUGUGGUAUUUCAAUUCGAUGGAAGCAUCAGUACUACAACCACAACUAAAGACCAGCAAGAUCUUAAUUCAACGUCAUCAUCGAGUGAUGCAACAAAAGGUGCCUCAUACAGCAAAACUGUUGAAAAACUUACUAAUGCUUCAUACUACGACCGUCUAAAUUCAUGGUUAGGACAAAUCAUUCAGCGGGACUGUCCAAAUUUUGAUUUUGAAAUAAUCGAACACGGAGUUCAUGGCACGUGUAUUCGAUAUUGUCCGUUAGAACUUGGUCUAGGUGAACAACCACCAUCGGCUGAGAAUUUAGAAAAUUUUGCUCAGAGCUUAGAAUCUCAUGUGGAUAUUCUUCGAGCAACAAUUAGACACAAAGCUACCUUUAUUCGUUUAGUAGAAAAGAGUGAUGUUUUACGUAUUGUCAAUUUGCCAGAUUGGGCUGGUAUGGGUGGUGUACGAUUUGUGCCUGAAGGCUGGGAGUCUUUACUCACAGAUCAGGCAAAAACAGAAUUGAAUAAGCUAAAUGCUGAUCUUGUGGAAGCUCUCAAGUCGACCGAUAAUGCUUUUUCACUUGGUGAAGGUACCGAUGGGCUGAUUUGUGUCAGAUUUGGUAUGGUCACCCAUGACACAGAUGUCGAAGAAUUGCUUGACCUAGUUGUUUCGGUGGGUAAAAGUGUCCAGGAGAAUUCAAGGGUCUUAGAUACAAUGUCCGAAAUUGUCAAAAAGGGUAUUGAAGCAGCAACAGCUGAUCUUCAACGCGAGUCCGAUGAGAAACUCUGGCAGGAAGGUAUCCUUCGACAUGUACCGGUAGUUGGACGAAUGGUAAACUGGUGGUCACCACCCAUUAAAGAAUCUGGAAUCAAAGGAAGAAGUUUGAAUCUGACACAGGGUGUUGUUGAAAGCACUGAAAAUAUUUACAAAUACCACAUGCAAAUGACCGGAGCACCUAAUCAACUUCCUGCCAACAAAUCACCACCAACACCAAUGGUUCAGACGCCCGUUGGUGCCCCAACGGCACCACCUUUCGCCACUCCGCCAUCGGCCAAUCAUUCAAGAACUGUGAGUCAAAGUAGUGGCGCCUCGUCUUCUGCUCCCGAACUAGUAGCAGCGACUCCCGUUGCGACGGCAAAUAAUUAAUUCAUAAACAAUUUCUUUUUUCCAAUAGUGCAUAUAUAUAUAUUACCUAUUAUUAUAAAUACCAACAAUUAUUUAAUCGUACAUAGCUCUAGAAUGAUAUUGAACAACAGAAAAUGUGUUUGUUUGGCGUAAAUUUUUGUUUUUGUUUGUUCUGCCCUAAAUAGUUAAAAAUUCAUUUAUAUAUAAAAUAAUAUAAAUGCAAGCAAUAGAAAAAAAUGUCUUAAUUUAUAAAAUAAUAAAAAAAUAAUAAAGUUUAUUAACAA